AUGCGGCGGAAAAUGUGCCGCUCCAGCCAUCCUCAUCUUGCCGACCUGAACCCAAUUCAUCUUGCCGACCUGAACCCAAUUCCCUGCCCCGUGAAACUCUGGAACCCUACUCACCAAUUGGAAGUGAAUGGUGUAAGGAAGGGCGAAGAGGAGGCAAAUGUGAUAUCACCUGUGAAUAGUUUAGAAAGAGAAAAAAAUAGCCAAUACGAAGGUUCGAAAAGUCAAUACUGCGUUAAACGCAGUAUUGACUUUUCGAACCUUUCGCUCCUCUUACAUAGCCCGGAUAGCGAAGGGUGCGGGUUCGAGUCCCGUCUGCUGCCUGCUUUAAUAGAUGAUGACAUAAGAGACGAUGCCAACUGCGCACAAAAAGUUUUCGACAUGGAGGGUUUCAAGUAUUGGAGCAAAUGGGAAGCGCGGUGCAAGGGGCAUAUGCUACCCGACAUUGAAAACAGUUCACCUGCCACACCAGCCAUCCUCACCCUGCCGGCCUGCAUGUUGCUUCUUCACGCCUCCUUUAAAGAAUCCCAGGUUGUAAGAGGGAGGGAAUACGUGAGCGGUCAGCGCAUUCCAUCUAUGGAUAGUGCAACAAAAAAAUGA